AUGAGCUGGGCGACGGAGGUGCUGCGACCUGCAACCGGCGCACGCCGGAGCUGCGGCCGUCGUCAUAGGGAGCUGCAACUACGGGACACACUGCUAUAUGCACGGAACCAACGGGAAACACAGAAGGAGACGACGGAGGCGACCGGCGGCGAGCGCCAAGUUCUUCACUGGCCAAUCCCUCUGUCCGUCCACCACACCACCGUAGACACACACGCCGCCGCCGCCGCCGCCGCCGCAGCGGCAGCACUCAACGGUUACCCCGCCGCCGUCGCGGCGCCAUGCUCCACCUCUGGAAGCGCGUCCUCUCUCCUUCCACCUCCCAACUCCUCUCUCGCCGUGGAGGAGUACCUCGUCGCCACCUGCGGCCUCACCCGACCACAGGCCCUCAAGGCCUCCGCCAAGCUCUCCCACCUCAAGUCCCCCUCCAACCCCGACGCCGUCAUCGCCUUCCUCGCCGGCCUCGGCCUCUCCGGCGCCGAUGUCGCGGCCGUCGUCGCCAAGGACCCGCGGUUCCUCUGCGCCGGCGUGGAGAGAACUCUGGCCCCUGUCGUCGCGGGGCUCACCGGCCUCGGCCUGUCAGAUGCCGAGAUUGCGCGCCUCGUCUCGCUCGCCCCCGGCUACUUGCGCCACAGAUCCGUCGUCUCCAAGCUAGAGUACUACCUGCCACUCUUCGGCUCCAUCGACAACUUGCUCCGGUCGCUCAAGUACGGCUCCGGCUUCCUCGGCUCCCACCUCGAGAGUGCGGUCAAGCCCAAAGUCAGUAUCCUAGCAGAGUGCGGUCUAGGUGCUUGUGAUAUUGCCAAGCUCUUCAUCCGUGCGCCGAGGAUACUUUAUGCCAGCGCAGAGCGUGUCUUGUGGAUGGUCGCGUGCGCCGAACGUAUAGGUGUGCCCCGUGAAUCUGGGAUGUUCAGGCAAGCGCUGCACGCUGUCUCAUACUUCAGCGAAGACAAGAUCACUGCCAAAGUGGACUACUUGAAGAGGACACUUGGGUGGUCUGAUGCCGACGUUGGCAUUGCUUUGUCCAAGGCUCCGGUGCUGCUGACAAGGUCACAUGAUGUGCUGGAGCGUGUGUCAGAGUUCCUUAUCUCUGAGGUGGGGUUGGACCCAGUCUACAUUGCUCAUCGCCCCGUUAUGCUCGCUUACAGCCUGGAGGGCCGGCUCAGGCCCCGCUACUAUGUUGUGAGAUUUCUCAAGGAAAAUGGAUUGCUAGAGCACGGGCGGAGCUACUAUACAACACUGGUUAAGACUGAGAAGGUUUUCAUGGAAAAGUUCAUAUGCCCUCACAAGGAAGCCGCACCAUGCCUUGCUGAAGACUACGCGUCUGCUUGCAAAGGGGAAGUGCCGGCUAGAUUCAGAUUUACAUGAAUCAAGAAUGGGGUAUGAGAAUUGGUAAACUUUGUAAGGUGCAACAAAGUUUUCAAUUUGUUGAAAGCUGAGGUGGUUUGUGGCAAGUGACGAUGUUGUUCGUGGCUGGAGCUGUGCUUGGAGAAUGGCUAUAGAAGAGUGGUUUGGCUCUCUGUCUGGUAUCUAUCAGUAAACUUGUCUGGAUGUCGUUCAGAGUGAACUUGUCUGGAUGUCGUUCAGUUUGUUGGUUGAUGUACUCUAGUUUUGUUCAAUUUUAGUUUAAUGAGACCUCAUGUUCGAGGCAUUCAAGCUUGUCAAAAUUCAGCACCAAUAGAUAACAAUGUAGUCAAUGCUGCAUUUUUUUUGUUCUGAACUGAAUUACGUUUUGGUUUACAUUCUCAUCUGUGCUGUAACAGUAUUUUUUGAUCUUUUGCUAGUGUACCAAAUUAUAUGGUUA